ACUUCUGAAAAAGAGCUAUACAGCUCAGUGCGGCCUUACCUGGCAAAUAGAAAAACUGUUCAGUUUUAUUGUUAUAUUUUUGUAGAUGUCCCAUGUUUCUGAAACAUUCCAUAGCAGGUAGUAGUAGCGGAAUGGGCUCAAAAUACAACUUCUUCUUUGUGAACAUUAGUUUGCUACUUUUCACAAUCAAGUUGAACUUUUCCAAAGCACUCCCCGGUAAACAUUGAACGUCGCGCCAACGUUGGUCCAACGUUCCUACCACGUGAGAACAUUAGGCGAACGUCGAUACAACGGUUUUAGCAAACCGCAUGCCAACGCUGGGCAAACAUUUGCAUUUUUUUUAAUUUAAAGCUUUCGUGACUGCAGGGAUUCAUAUGCAGAUAGUGAGAAUUUUAUUGUUUUAUAUUUUUAUAAUUUUGUUUCCCUUCUACGUGACUUUACCGAAAGAACCAAGAAUAUGAAACGUUUGCAUGUUUGCCGAGUCCCAACCUAUGCUCUUUGUUUCUUCCGGUAAAGUCACGUAGGUAUAAAAUAAAAUUACCUACGUGACUUUACCGAAAGAACCAAUGAGUAUGGAUUCCUGCAGUCACGAAAGCUUCAAAUCAAGAGGCCCAACCUGCCCGAGUCCACCCAUUUAUUUUCUAUUAUCGCUGCCGGACAGCCUUCAAUUCGCUUGCUCAGGUACACACACACACACCACUCUGUUGAACACGUAGGCUUUCGCGACCAAUAUCAUCCAUGGGUUAGAUCGCGUACAUUUUCAUCAUGAACACAUCGCUCUCUCCGCUGUUGCAGAGCGUCCCGCCGACAGGCAAACUACGCUUGCUUCGCCAACUUGCUGUAUGUGACCUCUUUGGCUUUUGUCCCCCCCCCCCCCCAUGAUUUAUCCCGAGCCCGACUUUUUAUGAGGUUACAGGAGUAGCUGUCGAACCGUUUCCAGCUGGUUCAUCACCGGUACACCGUAGGGAUUGUCACAAGUCAAAUCUGGGGUGAUUGGAGGUCUUCUGCAUUCGCACGUUGCCGUGCAUUUAUUUCGCCCAUCCAGUUUUGGGGAAAAUGUUUUCUUAAUGCCGCUGUGCGAAUAAGUUUGGCAAAAGCGUGCCACGUGGCUUCACCGACUUCCCCUUUUAAUCUGCACGCUCUUGCUUCCUGCAUGUAAUCUUAGAGUCUACAGAUACACUGUACGUAUCUAUAGCGAUGUUUAUAUGAACCCUAUACCACCACAAAAACUUUAUUAAAAAAAUAAAGGACAUUUCCAACAGUUGCUAAACAAUUGAAGUGUCAUUAUCUGUCGGAGGGAGAAAUUGAAAACACAACAAUUUAUAUGCAUAUGGGUGUCCGUCCCAGUGUAUAUGAGUCUCUGUGUGAGUGUAUGGGCCUCUGAGUGUAUGGGUUCAUGUACGAGUGUACGGGUCUCUGUGUGAGUUGAUGGGUUUAUGUACGAGUGUAUGGGUCUCUGUGUGAUUUGAUGGGUUUAUGUACGAGUGUAUGGGCCUCUGUGUGAGUUGAUGUGUUUAUGUACGAGUGUACGGAUCUCUGUGUGAGUUGAUGGGUCUCUUUGAGUUGAUGGGUUUCUGUGUGAGUGUUAUUAAAUGCAGACUGGGAUCAAUGUGAUAGAAUACCUCUUGAACAUGGAACGUUGGGCCAACGUUGUUCCAAUGGUUCCAACCAGCGAUGUGGCCCAAUAUCGGCAUGUGUUUACUGGGUAAAGAGGCAGACAGAGUUCCUGAUGGAAUACCUGAACUUGAUCUUGAAAAGCAACGCAGCUUUGUGUCUAAAGAAUAACGAGUUUAAAUCAAUGCGGUCCACCAACUAUGGGACAACUGUUCAGAAAUACUGAGAUGGAUAACAAGGAAGAUGGAACAGCAGCCGAACAAACGUACGCAUAGACAAGUGCCAUACAAGUACUGCGUGUAGAGAUGCACGCUUGAGAAUUUCGCUGAGAUGAAGAGGAACGCGUGCGUGGGUUUGAGAACGUUACUCGGGUGCAACGCUGCGUAACACCGUAUUGACUGUGAAGAAUAAGUGAGCGAGCGAGGGGGCUUGGGCAGGACACGUCGCUCGAUGAGACCCCGACCGGUGGGCAAAAGUAGCGAUGGAGUGAGUGGCAGGGUACGGCGUAGAGGAGACAGAGAAAUAACGUCCGUCGGGGAGAUGGAGCGACGAAAUCAGGACGAGUUCCACCCGUUCAUCGAGGCGCUGCUGCCGCACGUGCGCGCCUUCUCCUACAUCUGGUUCAACCUGCAGGCGCGCAAGCGCAAGUACUUCAAGAAGCACGAGAAGCGCAUGUCGCGCGAGGAGGAACGCGCCGCCAAGGAGGAGCUCCUCGCCGAGAAGGGCGACGUCAAGCAAAAGUGGGCCUCCCGCCUGCUCGCCAAGCUGCGCAAGGACAUCCGUCCCGAGUGCCGCGAGGACUUUGUGCUCACCGUGACCGGCAAGAAGCCGCCCUGCUGCGUGCUCUCGAACCCCGACCAGAAGGGCAAGAUCCGGCGCAUCGACUGCCUGCGCCAGGCCGACAAGGUGUGGCGCCUCGACCUCGUCAUGGUGAUCCUGUUCCGCGGCGUGCCGCUCGAGAGCACGGACGGCGAGCGGCUCGUGCGCUCGCCGAUGUGCGAGCACUCGGGGCUGUGCGUGCAGCCGCACCACAUCGGCGUCUCGGUCAAGGAGCUCGACCUCUUCCUGGCAUUCUACAUGCGCGAGCAGGCGGAGUCGCGGCAUCUCGGAGCGAGUCCCGGAAGGAGGGAGGGCGACAUGAAGGGCCCCAUGGAAAACGGGCACCUGGGCCUCAGCGAUCUCUUCACGACAUCUGGGGUCUUUGACGUCAUGGAGCUCGUUCAAGUCUCCAAGACUCCCAUCGCGUCAGUCGGAGUGACUGGGUUCAGUCUGCCCACAGGCAUGGAGGCCCCAUCCUUCCUGGCCUCCAUGGCACAGGUCCGGCCAACGCACCUGGGUCCCAGCAGCGUGAUGCAACACAAAGGCUCACCGAUGGAGGAGAUGGAGAGCCCUGGGGAGGAGUUCUACAGCCAAGAGCGCUCAUCCACAGGCAGUGCCCACUCGGGAACGUGGCACAGCGAGGAAAUGGGCUCCCCAACCAUGAAGAAAGCAGAGAAAUGCACGUUCAGCCCCACCUCGCCUCAGCAGCCAUCGCUCUUCACCCAGCAUCACAGGCCCGUCAUCACCGCACCUCGCGCUGGCAGGCAGCACUCCCAGCCCCUCCACCUGGCGCCGCCGGCUCCCAUGCAGCAGAUGAGCGCCCUCCCACCUGUACCGCCGGGGCCGCCCUACUUCUCGCACCCGGCUAUCCGCUACUCCCCACACGGCGGCGGCGGCGGCAGCUCCCACGCCCCGCACCCCACGCACGACAUCCUCAAGGACUUCGGGCAGAUGAUCUGUGCGGAGGCGAGCGGGCAGCUCAUGGGGCAAGGCCCCUACGGCGCCGCGAGCGGAGGUCUGGAGCUGCAAGGGCUAGGCCGCGUUUCCCCGGGCUCUCCCCAUGGGCACAGCCCCACGGGGGGAGGGGCCGGUCACCACGGCUACCUGCCCCCCCACUCUGCCCUGCUGCCACCAAUGCCCCCACCCGCGGGAGCCAUGCCCCGGCCUGUGCCCCUCAAUAUCUCUGGGCCCCCCGGAGUCGGCGGAGGAGGAGGAGGAGGCGGCGGCGGCGGCGGCGGUGGCGGUGAGGGAGAAGAUGGGGCAGCACAAAGCCCGGCUCGGUCGACGCAUCAGGGGCACGGAGAGACCGGCCUCGGGUCGCCAACAUCUCCCUCGGGUUCCAGGGACCCGGGCAGUCCUCCUUCAAGUCGCUCCUUCGUCAACCUGGGGACAGGCCGUGAACCAACGUACAUCAAUCUGCAGCCGCAAACGCAGCAGUCCUGGUAUUUAGGUUGAAGCCUUCAUCAUUUUCCUGUUACGAAGUCACGCAACUGCAAGUCGCCACUCACCCCAGACUUUGCGUUUGACUCGCAAAAGCGGUCAAUGUAAGCUGGGCGUAGUUUUUUUUUUUGUCAUUUGAAAAAUCUAUUCUUGUUAUUUUAAAUGUAACGUUCUUCCAGUCGGAGCGUUGGAAUGGAGAACUGACCAUCAAAUAAGAACUGAGAUCGACCAAGCUCUGUAACGGAGGUUUGAGUGUCGUACAGAUCGUCAAGAUUGUCCUGAGAGAGUGUGCCCACAAUGGGUUGUGAGUGGCAGCCAGUGGUUGGCGAGAGAAUUUGCUGACCACCUCCUCCCUCGCCCCCCCCCCCCCCCCCCCACCAAGUGAGUGAAAGAACGGUCUCUCAAGGUCUCCACGGGCAGCCGGGGUGGGGGGGGGCAUCGUUCUGCAGAGCUGGCCGAUUCGACGAGAGGAUGAAGGAGAGACAAAGGUGGUGGUAGUGACAGAGAGGUCUGGUUUGUUGAAUUUUUUUUUUACUAUAAGUGCGAGUUUGUAGAAUUACCUUAGGAUUUAAGGUGGGAAAUAUUUUUUUUUAAAUCGAUUUUAUUUUGAAUGACCAGAAAUUAGAUCAAAUUGUGUUAUUUUUUUUGUUCGCAUUCGCACGCCCGCACACACGUUCACGCACACGCGCACACACAUAUACAGAUGCACGAAACACCUUGUGCUUUCCAUUGCACUUAACAAGUGUCCACACUUGCAUGCACCUAGAAAAUGGUAAAAGCUCAACAAUUGUCAGAAUUGUCCAAUUAUUAUAUCAUUAUUCUCUUGAGUCUUUUUAAUAUCUCGCAGCACUCACACACUUGUACGAACGAGCAUGAGAGCCUUUUAUUAGCAUGAGUUGUCAACGUAGCGUACAGGUAGCAGAUGUUAAAGGUAGAGUUUUAACAAAAUUUUCGCAAAAAAUCACGUUAGCCGACAAAAUUAUUUACUCUAACUAGAUGCAGAGCGUUACAAAAAUGUAAUACUGUACUAUGUCAGAAUUACUCUGAGAAUAUACAGACUCUUCACGCAUGCAAUUCAGUGAAUUGGGUCAGGUUGAUGGAUCGCGCAAGCAUGGGAGUCUUGAUUCUCCGAUUAUAGCGAGAGUCGUGGUUAUAUACACGAGAUACACCCCAUUUCUGGGCAAUAUCCUGUCGUAGGCAGUACGCAGGCGUGUUCGCAUCAGGCUGUCUCUGCAGAGUGUAAGUGUUCGUCUCAUUUGCGAGGCUUUUCUCUCUCGGCACUCUGGCCUCUUCUUACACACAAACAAAAAUACUUUGCUUCAAUGUCCGAAUAACGGGACAGCUCCACAAAAUUAGCCUUUGAGACUCGAGCACUCUGGAAUUCAAAUAUUUCAAAAUUUUCAAUCUUCGUUUGCGAUUUGUGCAUCAGCCCGAUUGCAAAAUAUGCAGCCGCAAGUCGAGUCUGUUGCCAGAAUAUACUUCUAAUAUUCAAAGGAUCUAUAAACGGUCUAUGUAAUGACCAGUUGCUGAUUGGAUGGACACAUUUACUCGUACUUGAUUGGUCGACCGCCGCGUGCUUUUAUUACGCGAUUGGUCCGUUGUUUUUCGUUUAUGGUUGGUUGGUUCCAGCUAGCUCGGUUCCAGUUUUUUCUGCCCUCUUGUUUGGGGGCUCUCACGUGCCGAUUGGCUGGCUCUUCGCCGCUGCUGCUGCUGCUGCUGAUUGGCUGUCUCGCUCGUUGAUAAUGUGAUCCGUGUUUCUGAUCUUGGCUCCGCUAAAAAUUAUACACGAAAUUGUUGCCUCCGACGCAACAGCACUUUCGCGAUCUUCUCGUAAUUAUGAUGGCAACAGUAUCAUAGAAAUUAUUUUUGGAGACAAGUGCAAUGAGGUUUAGCGUCUUAUUAUGGUUAUUAUUAUCAUUCAUAAAAAAAGGUUCAUAAAAAUAACUCGUAAUAACAUAACAACAAACGAAUGGUAUACAUUGAAAUGUGGCCUGUUCAUAGGUGGCAAAAAAGUAGCAGGUUAAAAAUGAAACUAUAUAUUUGUAAGUAGCGCGAAAAAAGUAAUUUUUUUAGCGCCAAAAGUGUUCAACAGUCCAAAAGCCCCUGGACUCUAAAACGGAGGUUUAUUUAUGAUAUAAAACAAAUGUCAUGGACAUGGAGCUAAAUAUCGGUGAAUUGAUUUUCAAACAGAAAUAUAAAAUCGUGAAUUCUUCCCUCUAAUGUAAAACACUAUGCGCUCAGACCAUUUUAACACCAUGCUAUAGAACGCGUAUGUAUAUACAGUACGUAGUGUGCGUGUAAUUUUCACAGAGCAGUACAUAAUUGUGCACAAAAAUACACUACAAGCAGUAUAACAAUAGCACUUAUUAAGUAUGAUCUGAAAGUUUUAAACAAAAAAUAUAUAUACAGUAUAACUUUUUUUUAACUAUAUUUAGCAACAGGUAUGUUUACAUGUUGUGGAAAUUAAAAAAAAGUGUAAUGGGUAAAAAUUACAACUUUUUCACGGUUUAAUUCUGUUGCCCUGCAUAUGAUUGAACCUAAAUGCACUAAUUUCUAAUGCAUAUGUUAUGGAUGGGGAAACAUUGCAGCUAUGGAUGGGAGUAGUGGAUUGUCGCAGGUUCUGGUGUGACUCGCAGCUUAAUUAAGUCAGUGUUUUGUCGUUCAUGGGGCGACACGCUCCCAGUGUUGGCGUGAUGGUAAGAGAGAGAGAGAGACAUUCGUGGUGCCAGUGGGGCGAAUGGGACUCUGGCUAUGUUUUGUUGGCUGCUUCCAAGUGCUUUUAUCUACGUAAAAAUACCACCCGGCGCCCCCCCCCCCCCUACAUUUGCAGAAAAUGGUCCGGUCCACUCUUAAAAACACUGAGCACCUGCAGUGCAGGAACGUACCACUUAUUUCGGUGUCUCUGUACAGGUGCGUUUGUGUGUGUGACACACGGGGAGGGCGGAUGUUCGAAAAGUUUUGAGAACGGGAUGUUGAAAAGCUUCAACGACUGAGUAUGGGUUAAUGUGUGUACGUGUGUUGAACUUCUUUCGCACAGUACGUGACCAAGCCGUGCUAAUCGGCGGUGUAAAGAUGCAACCCUGCAAAUUGCUUUAUUGUGCCACUGCUCACAGGAAGGAUGUCCACUUGUGGGAAAUCGACAGAGUCCCGCUAGAGGGUAUUUGGCCUACUCUUCCAUACUUACAUGAACAAUAUGCAAAUGUGAGACAUCCAAAGUGAAGACAACAUCCGGCUGGGUCAGAGCACUUGCCUUAAAAUGAGAAGGUUGAGAAUUUAAAUAUUCGGUGAGGUUUCGUUUCGGCCCAUUGGCCUUUUGGGGUCAAUACAAUUCGUACCAUAUUGCAUUGCGGUUGUAUGUUGACAGCAGAGAGCAGUGCAGCAAAAUCCACUGUUUUUAAUGUACCAUGCUCCACUCACUGUGCUCUCAAUGUUCACCAAGCCACAGUGUGGUGAAGUACGGUUCAACAACCUCCACGACCCGCACGGCGUGCAGAGGCCUAUACACAUGGCCAUUCUGUGGAUAUACUGGUCCUCUCCAUGGGAAGGUGGAAUUUUCACCAUUAACAGAAGGCCACCAAAUAGAGAUAAGCACCCCCCCCCCCCCCCGACCCCGUUGCUUGUUUGAGGUGGGAGACACCUGUACUUGAGACUGAGGCAAACAUCACUUUCCGUGAAGCUCUUCCCACAUCCCGAUCUCAAAUGGCUUUCCCUGCCCCCUAAUACUGUAAUCACGCAGCGCGUGACUGCGUGCGUACACACGUGCCGUACGUGUGCACAUUUACAACCGUAGUAUGCACACGUGUGGACGCGUCAACCGGGCUCUUAAAAUCGGGGUUCACGUGUGCUGAUUUCGCAGGGAUUCGCAGAUUCAAAAGUGCGUUCUUACUUUGAGGUUGCUGGAGAUUACGGACCGUUGACAACCCGACGUAAACUGAUCCCAUCUUGAAACUGACCCAUUUCGUACCCCAUUGUCCAACCGGCCAUGCUCAGGGGUCGGCGACUUGCAGCUGUGAAGCCGUGCUCCUUUAUGGACGCUAGUGCGGCUCUUGAAAUUCGAAAAGAAUGGCUCCUCUUGUUACUUUGGUUGCUGACCCCUGGCCAUGUUGAACCAUCUCGGCGCCGCUCAUGAGGCCCCACGUUUUUCCACUGCAGAAGUCGAGCCGUGCCGCUGACGUCACGCGCAAUGAACGCAAUGUUAGCCCCGUCUCCUGGCCCCGCUUGGUCCCAAGCCAGAUUCAGAUGCCUCGUGAUGGCCAGGCGACCGCAAAGUUUGGAAAAACCACACAUACCGUGACGGCCCUGUGGUGGCUCAGCUCGGAUGUGCCAGUGGAACAUGGGUAUUAGGUGCCGCUAUCAAUCGGUUGAAUUCGCUUUGGAGAAUUUAGUAAAAGUAACACACGUACGGCUCAAGCGUGAAUCGAAAAUGAGACCGAGCGUGAGAGUACCGAUGCCUUGCUCCCAUGUCCAAAAGAAACCUCUUACGUAGACAUAUAGCUUUCACCUUACUCUAUACCCGGGAUUGAUUGAGCAGCUGAAGCUCUUGGCUGGCACUGUGCCCAAGGGCUCAAGUCACAACUGGAAGGAUGCGAGUUAACAUGCCAGGAGUGGGUCAACUGAAGCCCAUCAUCCCUACGGGGGUUGAUGGGAACGAACACGAAUUUGUCGCUUGUUAACAGUGGUUGUAUUAUGGAUAGACUGGUCCUCAACAUCGGAAUGUGGAAUUUCCACCUCGAGUUCAUUGAUAUGAACAGAGAUGAGUACUGCCCAGUGUGCAUUAGAAUACGGAUACCCUUUCACCCUUUAUUAUAACUGCAAAUGAAAUCCUAAUGUUUUUAACAUAAUCAUGUGUAACUCUAUUUGAUAAUGCUAACCAUUAAUUAUGGAACACAUUGGGAUGAAGAUCGUCACCCACAAUAACGAGUGGGUGACCUAUUCCAAUCUCCACAUCUCUCAAGAGCGAAAGUCCGAUCGUUAUAGAGUUUGCAUCCACUUCCAGUCUACGUCGGGUUGCACAUGGAAUCACCGUGCAGUUACAUUGCACGCACUGACCCUGACCCCGACGUGAACCCGGUUCAACCCCUGUGCCACCUCCGUGGAGCUGCCCAUCUGCUCUGAACAAAGAGGCCUUGCGCUGUGGUACGGAGUUGUCAUCGUCAAAGUGUGUCCGAGAGUUCAAAACCUGAUUGACUUUGGCGGUUGUUGUUUGUGGCAGUGUUCUGUGGUCAGGCUUCCCUUUUACUUUUUUAAAACUCUCCUUCUGUGAUUUACUCACGUUUUGCCUGGCAACCUGGCAGUGAUGUAACAAAAAUUCGGUUCAAUGCAAAUCGUUCGUCCUUUAUCUAACCAGCUGGAAGCUCUUUGAGAGAUGCAUUGUGUCCAUUGGGACCUGCAAUGGGAAAUCUGUGGAGGAAAUCUCGUGAUUAUUAUGGAUGUAACAAUUCUGCCCAUUCCACACUUCAGUUUGAUGACUUGUCAAGAUUUGGGGUCACGAUUCCAUUCACAAAUGGGGUGGUUUUUCCUUUGCUCGCCAUUGUGGUGCCUGUAGAUUCUAUAGUUCUAUAAAAACGAGUGGCAUACAUUAAUCGCAAACAAUUGAUCCUCACAUGCACGAUUCAACGAAUGUAUUGUGAGCGUAAAACAUAAUUUUAAUUGGCUUCGUUACCUAAUAGUUUUUCAUUUGCGAUAGCUCUAUUAGGUUUAAUUUUAACAGUAAUUUGGACGAGGAUAACAAUAAUUAUAUACCGCGCAAUGACUGCAUGAAUAUGAGAAAUCACAGGAUCUUUAACACCUGCUUUACAGCAGACAGAGAUGCUUUGUUAACUCCAAAGUGAAAUGAGUGGCCAGUUUCAACGUGAAUAGACCCCUGAAGUCUGUGCAAAUUGGCCCUAUCAGCAUGAAUGUUAAUGAUCGUUCCCUCGACUCCGACUACGGUGUAUUAUUUCCUGGGCACGUUAGUCUCUCCCAUUCGCAAAACUGGCAAUGAAAGAAAUUGGACAAACAUUUCUUAAUCCUCGUGAAGGGGAGUCUUGAGACUCGGUGAGCCUUUCCUGGGUAGAUAAAGGACUUAUUAUAGCAUUUUUUUUUGCUCGUACAACGUUUGGCCAAAACGCCUGCUAAUCCCAAUGAGCCUUUACUGACAGAUGUAAAAUGUGCCUUCAAGCCAACAGCAAUAAUGAGUAAGAUUUUCGCGGUUGUGCUGUAUAGCUCUCCGAUGUGUUUUUGGGUUGGUCCGCACGCGUCAGUGGGCACGACGUUCGCCGAUUCAGUCCCUGAAGAAGCUGCUAGCACGCGGAGCGAAACGUCUGACAUCAAAUGCCGAAACAGCACGCGGCGUGACCUUGAAAAACACGUCUGAGAACAAUGAGUCAUCAUUCUUCCGUAGCCCGUUAAUAAAUUCAUGAAUUCGUUCACAACUCAUUCAGUUCUUCAAAGCUCUGCAUCGCCAAGCGGUGUGGAUUUUUUUGUUUUGUUAUUUUGCUUUUUAAAAAGAGCAACUUUGUCUUGUAAAAAAAUAUUUUUUUGAAAUUUAAAAAAAGUCAAAUUUAGCAUGUUUGCUUCACCUUUAUUACUGUUGUUAUGCUUAAUGUUCAAAUCUGACAUGCACCAAGGCAGCUUUAUAUUGAGCCUCCUUAAACUGUAUAUUCAGGUCUAAUAUAUUCAGUUGAAAAGACCUUUGUCAGUAAAUGUAGCUUAUCUUUUGUGGCCUUAGCUUAAUGCUUAUAUGCGAUUUGACAAGAGCAAAGUAAAAAGAGGAGAGAGACACCACUGUGAAUUGUGGACUGUGCGUGUGUGCAUCUCUUUGGCAAACCAUCGCGACAUCAUCAUUAUGCAGUGACGGUCUCACAUCGGCUCGUGAAGAAGAACUCUUUCUUUAUUUUACAUUGCAAACGGUCGGUUUUUUUUUUUGCGACAGAAAUUGUUUUUUGGCGCCUUAAUACUUAACGCUGGGAAGUAACGCAAAUUGUAUUGACGUUUAACAGGAACAAGCAAAACAAGUCGGCGAUUCUUAACCGCGGCUCGUCCAAUUGUCGCCUUGCGUCAGUACUCUUUGUGCCACGGUCAGCGAGCUAAUCUAAUAUGCAAAAACUAUACGGGUAUAAUGGAUCCCUCGCUAAUGUACGGUUUGAGGUUUACAGCGCUGUUGCUUUGUUAAAAAUAAGAAAGCUCGCGGUGUAAGUCUCGCGCGAUCCACGCUCGCUCACGCAUGAUGCCCCCCCCCCUUCCCCAGUGAUGCAACCCAAUAGCGCCAGUGGUUUGUGGGGGGGCUAUCGCACCUCCAUACCGCUUACCCCCCCCCCCCCCCUGGGUUCACGCUCAACCAGGGCGCACGUUCAAACCGCUCGCAAAUUCCUUGUCGCAGGGACGGGCAGUCCAAAGAAGUUUUGAGAACGGGAUAUUGAACUUUUGCAAACGUAUAUAGUUUGCUUUUCCUUCCCAAAAUGCUUACCAGUAACAUCAGUGCGCUUUACUGUAUUGUAUGAUGAGUACUUUAACAUGGUGCUUAUAUGUGUUCAUAACAUAAGGUCAGUGUGAUUGUUUUUAUUUUAUUUUAAUAUCUUCUUCUCAAAGUAGUUUUGACUGUCCGUUCAUUUGUGCGUUUUGGCAGCGUUUUCAAAAAGCUGUGAUGUGAAACAAUCGUAACGCAACGCGCAGAAGCUUCAACAGUUUAUACAGUUUAACAAGUAGUAGGCUAUCGCGACCAAUAUCAUCCAUAAUCGAGGGUUUUUUGGGGGGUUAGAUUGCGUAAAUGUGUCGUAAAAAGUUCACGUGACAACCCUUACUAGUUGGCUGUGUCGCUUGAUGGUGGGUUUUAACGACACUUUUAUAUAUUUACCCGAUCUAAUCCCAAAUAAACUCUAACAUGGACGUUUAUACAAUUACCGUAUCUUCAAAAUGUAAAACCCAGGUUUAUUGCUUAGUAUUCAUGAACCUUUCAUAGCACCAACUUAUGAAAGAAAAAAAAUAAUUCGUCCAAAUUUAGAGAUAAAAGUACAGUUUGGCAUAAGUAUGUUUUGGCAACUUUAAUUUUCAAAUAAAACGUCUCACGUUUAUAUGUUUUAAGAUGUAUCUCAAGUCAGGAUGUUAAAUCUGGUUUGACAGAAGUAAGCAUUUAACUUUAUGCAUUUCCGAAAUGCAAUUAAUACAACAAUUUUACUUUUACAUUAUAUAAUUGAAUGGUAAGUGCUAUUGCUGCGUGAUGCAUGAUUAUUGUCCAGCAACUUUUGAGGCAGGGUCUGUGGAUCAGAGAAACGUGGAAUUGUAAGAGAUGUCCGACUGAAGGAGAGCAGUGAUGUCUGUGUGAAACAGUACUGCAAGUGGGUGUCUGACAGACCGUCUCUAUAGCAGAGUUGUGUGUUCUUCACGCUCCGUAUGAACUUCUCUGAACACUGCAGUUUCCACCCAUGCACAAACCAUACUCAAAAAACGAAUUGGCCAAUUUUUUUUUAAAACAGGACGCUGUUUAAAAAAAAAAAGCGUGUCGAGGCUUGUAAUCCUGUGGCAUAAUUUAUGCAGGUAAUCCUCACCGAGUCUCGAUAUGCUUUUUUCAGAAGAGACAUGCAUAUGCAUUGGAAUGUUCGGCCGAUUUCGUUUUAGUGGAGUGUUUAACGUGGAGGACAGUGCCUGGAGAAGACACGCACGCUGAAGUGUUCCUGAAUCCACUUGCCGUACUGCCGUCUCCGACCCUGCUGGAUUGAGGGCUCUCAUAGAUCUGCGUGGUCCACCAGAGAACCGCUGCCUUCGAGGCAGAUGCCACCAGACCUGCCUUUGUGAGAAUAUCCCUCGGUACGCCACAAAUGGGCGCUGUCAGAUUAUUGAAUGCUGGUGACGUGCGUGCUUCGCAUGAGCAAGCUAAACUGGGUUUUGCCUUGUAAAUUUGUCUCAGCCGCGGAGUCCUGUUGAGUGGAGCGUGUGUCCUGCUUGUGUUGACUCUCGCGCCUGACCCCUAACCCCCCCCUGGCACGUGUUAUGUGCACGGUCAAAGCAAUACUAUAUUAUCCGCAAGUGCGCUGUGAACAAUAUCUUUGCAAGUGUCUUAAAUAAAAGAAGAAAAAAAACUAAAUACGAAACAAAAAAAAGGAAAAAAAUCCAACCGACAGCUGUAUUCACCAAAGGACAAGAUCAAAGAUUUAUAAAUCAUGCAGUGCCUGAGUAUUUCAUUUACACAGCCCUUGACACGCGUUUGUUAAACAACUGUCAACUCGUGUGUACAACUCGAAUGCUUUGUUUUAACCACAAUGUUUUGCAAUGACACUGGAAGGUGGGCAGCUGUUGAUGACGCUAUAGCGGUGGAUUUAUGUUGUUGUUUUUUGUUUUGUUUGAAUGUUCCACACUGGAGCGGUGGAGAGGCGUGAGUGGCACUGUCCUCUGCGUGUUUUUCCUACUGGAUGUGGUUUGUACGCCGGAUGCAAUCUUCCAACCGUGAGGACAGGGCUAGGGGGAGCCACGUAACGACUGAGCCAUUCACGUGUGCAAGACACCCAUCUGUAGGGCUACAACGUGCUUCUCAUGGGGCAGUGCAGCAAGUAGGUAGCUAACCUAUCCGUCUCACGUUGUGGGUUGACCUCCCCCUGGGUUCAGGUUCUCUUCUGCAGGCAGGGAAUUGGCCAAACAUUACAAGCAGGGGCCUACUGAAAAAUAGUUGUGGGACACAAUGAAAAUGUCCUCAUUGACACAAAGGCCAUGUUUACACAAAUCUAUAUUUGGAAUAUCAAGUUAAUCCAACGGUCAUAUACGCUUAAUGUUUUCAUCACGUGUAAUGUUUAAAGUUGGUAUUUUCGCAAUGGGGUUAACAGACAAUGGGCAAGUCAUGUUGCUAAUCGUUGUGGCAAGCAGUGUUUAGUCAACACUUCGUGUGAGAAAUUAGAAGUGAAUAAAACAGUGUACACCAUUGUCUCCUCGAAUGCGACAUAUACCUCCCUUCCAUAUUUGCAGGUCACAAUGUUAUUUUCAUAAGCUUGUUUAAAUGUGUACAAAAACAAUACAGCUUGCAAGCACUGCCCGGUUUUAGGAAAUGUUUUUUACGACCCAGGCGUCUCUCUCGGGCCUCUCCAGGCACUGGGAGGCGUGGUGGCGCCGCAAGAGAACGCUUUCAAAGGGUGGGGGUGAUCUGUGACGAUCUAAACGAUGAGUGUAUCCUCGCUUUGCGAAGCAACGUGAGAAUUGUGCCGUUUUGCAUUUAAGCCACUUUUGCGAAAUGUACCCUCCCCUUCAUACAGCAUGCACCCCAGACGCUGAGGGUCAGUGUUAGGUCGCAGCUCUGAACAUGGACAAUGUGUGUUGUUUUAGUGACGUAUUCAAACAAAAUGGAAAACUAUCAAUUGUUUUCAAAAUGAUUUUUUUUCUUUUUUUUUGCAUACAAGUUUUACCAUCGUGAAAACAAAAAGCGAUUGAUGAUGAUGAUGGCAAUCGGUGUUUGCCAUUGAGGUUCGGUAUCUUCCUAAUUCGCAUGACGCGUGUAAUUUGUAAGCUAACUGUAUUGGCCCAUUUUAAUGCCGGGUCUCUCAUGGCAUGUGCUGCACUUUGCACACCUUAACAAAUGGUAAAGCGUUCUUUUAGUUUCCUUUCAAAGGGCUGGCAUAUCGAGCGAUGUGGCUCCUUUUUAACGGCCUGAUUGUGCAGGCCCCAAUUAUUACUUUAUUAAUAACGGCGGAGGGAUAUUUGUCCCUCCCGCCUCUUCCAUCCACGCCAUAACACACAUGAGUGUAUAUUUACGCAACAAAACAUAAUCCUGGUAACCAGGGCACCAAACUUUUGCAAUUUGAAAUGUCUGCGUGGUACCACUGAGGGUUGUUCCGGUGCUGUGUCCAGUAAACAUUUUAUAAUUAGAAUAAGGGCGUCAGAAAAAAAAUUGGCAUUUAAUUGAUGUUUUAUUUUAGCUAUUCGUAUUCUUUUUAUUCUCAAUAUCUUCCACAACUGGCUAUGGGCCACUUUAAAUAAAAUAUUCUCAACAUGAUUGGAGACUACUGAAGGUUACUCCAGAAGCACAGGAGUGCCAGUGUCAGCUCCCACAGAUGUUCUCUGACAUGCCAGGUAUCUGUGCUGGCCAUGCGGGUUGCAGGAUGUAUUUUUGGCUCGUGACAUGACGUCGAUAGCGUGAAAAAAUUGGGAUAUAAUUGGUGAUUCAAAUGCAAAACGAUAAAAAAAUAAAAUUCCCCAAUGUUGGUUUAGCCUCAAGAACCUAAGCGUGCAUUUUCAUGGCAUUACAAUUUGAUCAUCAAAUACCCAUUUCAUUUUGUAUUUCACCACUGCAACAGACAAAAUAUCUUACUUAUGUUUGCACUUCGUGUUUGAUGGUGUUUCUUUUAGAAUAAAAAAAAUGUAGCACUUGCCUGUUGGGUCACAUGAUAAUAAAAAUAAGAACUAUGCACCAAGACAUCUGUCCGGCAUGGAAGAGUAGGCCAAAACACCCUCUCAAUGGGUGGUUCUAUUCGAGCUCCGUCAAGUGGAGACCCUUCCACCAGAACUGGCGAGCUAGCUAUUGCAGGGCUACACUUUUACCUCUUUUAUGCACCAUUUGAUCCUGGCGGACCCAGUUGCUUUGGCGCUGUGUUGUCAGCGGUGCCAAAGUUUCUACAGAGGCAGUCACCCAUUUAACAUGCUGCAUUGUCAGUUCUUGGUAGCAUGGAUGACGGUAGUUACAACACCGAAUGUUUAGUUCAGGAUCACACAAGCUUCAUAGCAACAUAUCUCAUUUUUUGUACACAUCUUGUCUGUUAACUGUAAUGGAGAAAGCUGCAUCAUAGAGGAAACUACAGACACAACAAUGAGGAGUCUGGAGAACCCCACAACACUUCCCGGACCCAGCAGCGAGUGGCUUCGACGUUCUUUCACAGUUACAAAAGUCACUCGCAGGAAAGCACUUUUCUACGGAAGAUUAAACGAUGUGCACUGGGCACACCGAAUGUGUGCUUUCGGAGAUCAAAUACUCGGGACAUUGAUGGUGACCAUGUAGAAUACAAAGUUUCAAGAUCAGUCAUUGCUUUGUCUUGUCAGGCUACAUCAUUUUUCAAUUGCCCGGCUAAGUCUCAAUGCAAGAGACAUUAGGAAACAAGAGCAUUGCACUUAAGACACUUACGGAUUUCAUAUCUGAGCAUUAGCUUUUUACAACUGUGUAAAAAAAAAUGUUUGUAUCACCAUGUUUGAUAAAACAAAAAUGCAUGCAUUGGCUUUACAUUUGAUAACUUUUUCGAUUUAAAGCUUUCGUGACUGCAAGGAUUAAUCUUUUGAGAACUUUUGAAGACAGUCAAAAGUAUCAUGUGCGUUGCUCUAAUAAACACAUUUGUAGAUGUAGCAUCGGUAUCCAUUUGAGAAAACUAAAGUCAAUAAUUCUUGUUAAGUGGGUGUUUUGUUAAGGAUAUGAUCACGAGCCGUAUUAAAACCUAAAUCAUUGGUCCAUUGAAGCUCAAUUGAAUCAAGCAACUGGAUACAUCACUGGAAAUAACCUUUUU